CUUCAUCGAUCCAUUCGAGAAGCAAUACAGAAGCAUAAUUUGCAACCAGAGCAACAUCUCGUCCUCGCUAGAAAUGGCCAUUCCAGUCAUCGAUUUCUCGAAGUUGGAGGGGAAGGAAAGAGCUGAAACCUUGGCACGGAUUGCCAAUGGAUGCCAAGAAUGGGGAUUCUUUCAGCUGGUGAACCAUGGGAUUCCGGUGGAGUUCUUGGAACGCGUGAAGAAGGUGUGCUCCGAGUGCUACAGACUCAGAGCGGAGGGCUUCAAGGCGUCCAAACCUGUGCAGCUGUUGAACAAGCUGGUGGAAGAAGAAGGCGACGCCGCCGAUGCUAAGCGCUUGGAUAACGUGGAUUGGGAGGAUGUCUUCCUUCUCCAGGAUGACAACGAGUGGCCGGCCAACCCUCCAGAGUUCAGGGAGAUCAUGAAGGAGUACAGGGAAGAGCUGAGGAAGCUGGCUGAGAAGGUGAUGGAAGUAAUGGAUGAGAAUCUGGGGUUCGAGAAGGGCUCCAUCAGGAACUCAUUCUCCGGAAACGGCGAGCAUCAACCCUUCUUCGGCACCAAGGUGAGCCACUACCCACCGUGCCCGCGCCUGGACAUGGUGAACGGCCUUCGCGCCCACACCGACGCAGGCGGCGUCAUCCUCCUCUUCCAAGACGACCAAGUGGGCGGCCUGCAGAUCCUUAAAGACGGGCAGUGGAUCGACGUGCAGCCAGUGGCCAAUGCCAUCGUCAUCAACACGGGAGACCAGAUCGAAGUCCUCAGCAACGGGCGGUACAAGAGCGUGUGGCACCGGGUGCUGACGACCAGCGACGGCAACCGCCGCUCCAUCGCUUCCUUCUACAACCCCUCCUUGAAGGCCACCAUCGCUCCAGGGACCAACAAGGACGGCUCUGCUACAGCGCUGUACCCCAAGUACGUUUUCGGGGACUACAUGGAUGUGUACGUGAAGCAGAAGUUCUUGGCCAAGGAGCCGCGGUUCGCGGCGGUGAGAGCCGUGUGAGGAUAGCAAAAGUGCACGUUAUUCAUUAAGAUAUAUUGUUCCUUCGAUUGAAUUCUUCGCAUGAGAAGAACGUUUGUUUGCAUCAGAUUAAUUCUUCAUGUAAUGAAUAAAACGAGUCGUCUGCCUCUCAA